AUGCGCGUCGCUCUUCUCGCUGCCAUCCUUCCAGUGGCCCUCGCUGGCUGGAACCCCAAAGCAUGCAAUGGAGCUGGAGGCUGCACCCACGUUGGCUUCUCCACUCCGGACCCUUAUGUCUGCCCUGAUGGCAGCAGAUUGAACCUUCCUUCGUUUGCGAAUGAAAACUUGAACGCUGGCAAUGGAAACGCCGAUUCCGUGUCGAAAGACGACUUCCCCAAGACGUGCACCAGCGGCGCUGUCCCUCCUGCCGACGCUACCUUCAUCAAAGUCAAGUCGGUCAACAACCAAACCAUGUUCUUUUAUGUUACGAGCAAGUGCGAUACCCCCAAGCCGGAAGCUUUCAACUGCUAUAACAAGAACCCGAACCCAUCUACCCACACAUUCUGCUCCAUGUAUGAUAGUAAGGGCGCCUUGUGCAAGGGAAACCCCGCGGCCGGAUACUGUGAGCGUUGGGGAUACUCGACCGUCAACCCCCAGUGCGACUUCUGGAAGCCAGGCGGCCCGGACCUCCCCAACACGCAAUGA